GGACUUUGAGGCGUGCCCGAAGCUAGCAGGGGAUCUUCUGCGGGCUUCGAUACGAGGAUCCCUAGGCUUUAACCCUCUUGCCCUCUUUCUGCCCAGCUUGGGCUGCGGAGGUGGCUUGGGAGGUUGAGAGCAGGAGCAGGAACGAGGGCUGAGGGCCAGGCUAGGCCGAAUGCUGAAGGAGAGGGUGUUCAGGCUCUCUUUCUUGGCCGCAUAGCCCUCAAUCAUGGAUGUGAGCCCCCGCCUGGCAGUCUGGCUUUUAUGGGUGCUCCUCCUGCACCAUGGCCAAGGAGAGAAGCCUCCAGGAGCCAGCCCUGAGGAAUCAGCAGUGGCAGAUUUAGUAAUUAAGAGAUCUCUGCAGGAUCUGUGGAAAUUCUGCAGGAUUGACAAGCCCUUGUGCCACAAUGAGGAUGAGCAGCUCAGCUUUGAGGCCGUCCGAAACAUCCACAAGCAGAUGGAUGAUGACGCCAACGGGAACGUGGAUGUGGAGGAGAGUGAUGAGUUUUUGAGGGAAGAUCUCAACUACCAUGACCCAACAGUGAAGCACAGCACAUUUCAUGGGGAGGAUAAGCUCAUCAGUGUGGAGGACCUAUGGAAGGCAUGGAAGGCCUCAGAAGUAUACAACUGGACCGUGGAUGAGGUGGUACAGUGGCUGAUCACAUAUGUGGAGUUACCACAGUAUGAGGAAACCUUCCGGAAACUGCAGCUCAGUGGCCAUGCAAUGCCAAGGUUAGCAAUUACCAAUGCAACAAUGACAGGUACUGUUCUUAAGAUGACUGACCGGAGUCACAGGCAAAAGCUACAGCUGAAAGCCCUAGACACAGUGCUGUUUGGGCCCCCUCUCUUGACUCGCCAUAACCAUUUGAAAGACUUCAUGCUAGUUGUAUCCAUUGUCAUUGGAGUGGGUGGAUGUUGGUUUGCCUACAUUCAGAACCGAUAUUCGAAGGAACAUAUGAAGAAGAUGAUGAAAGACCUGGAGGGGCUACAUAGAGCUGAGCAAAGUCUUCAUGACCUCCAGGAGAGGCUACAGAAGGCCCAGGAAGAACAUCGGACAGUAGAGGUAGAAAAGGUACACCUGGAGAAAAAAUUACAAGAUGAAAUCAGCAUUGCUAAACAGGAGGCACAUCGGCUUCGGGAACUACGUGAAGGCACGGAGAAUGAGCUCAGCCGCCAGAAAUAUGCAGAGCAAGAACUGGAGCAGGUCCGUAUGGCUUUGAAGAAUGCUGAGAAGGAGCUGGAGUCCCACAGUUCCUGGUAUGCCCCUGAAGCCUUGCAGAAGUGGCUGCAACUGACUCAUGAGGUGGAGGUGCAGUACUAUAACAUCAAGAAACAGAAUGCUGAGAAGCAGCUACUGGUGGCCAAGGAAGGGGCAGAGAAGAUUAAAAAGAAGAGAAACACCCUGUUUGGAACCUUCCAUGUGGCCCACAGCUCUUCCCUGGAUGAUGUGGAUCACAAAAUCUUAACAGCCAAGCAAGCUCUGAGUGAAGUGACAGCAGCACUGAGGGAGCGCCUGCACCGAUGGCAACAGAUUGAGAUCCUCUGUGGUUUCCAAAUUGUCAACAACCCUGGAAUUCACACGCUAGUGACUGCCCUCAACAUCGAUCCCAGCUGGAUGGGCAGCACCCGCCCCAACCCCUCCCAUUUUAUCAUGACUGAUGAUGUGGACGACAUGGAUGAGGAAAUCGUUUCACCAGUGUCCAUUCAGUCUCCUAGCCUGCACAGCAGCGUCCGGCAGCGUCUGGUGGAACCACAGCACGUCCUAGGAUCGCAGAGGUUGGUAGAGAGUGAGGGCAGCCAUUACCUACCGGGCCGUGUGUCUCUGCGGCGAAUGCGCAGCCUCUCCUCUGGACAGUCUUUCAGUUCCGACGUUCACGGGACCAGCCCUCCAUCAGCCGUCACCUCCUCCUGCUCUUCCUCUUCCUCUACUGCCUCCACCUCUGCUCCUACUUUUCAUGUCCACCCUGUCUAUUAUCACCACAGCACUGCUUACUUCCUCCAGAUGGAUCCCUACCCUGACCCGCCCCCUCCCGAUGCCCAGUCUGGGAUGUCCUAUCGAUCCGACAGCUUGGGGGACUUGACCCAUUCCGAUUCGGAGUCCUCCCUCCACACGAGUGACCGCCCUCGAUUCACCCAGCUGGCUGCCAAGCCCCAACAGCUGACCCGAGCCAUGGAUGAAGCCCUGUAUGCCCCAACCUCCAAUGGCAGCCAUCGACUGGCAGAGGCAGCCCUGGGGGGAACUCUAGCAGAGAAGCUGCCUGAGAGUCCCGCCCUGGUCAAGAAAGCACUGUACCUGCAGAAUCAUGGUCUAGAAAAGGCCUAUAGUGUUGGGGAGCUGGGCCCUAUAGGGCUGGGGGGAGUAGGGCCCCUACAUUCAGAUUCCUCACGUUCUCACAGUCCCAGCUCCCCUGAGCCAGACACACCAUCACCUGUGGGAGAUAGCCGGGCUCACCAUGGCCGCAACACGCGUAUCCCCCAACUGGCAGGCAAGAAGCAUGCUGGUGAGGAGGACAGUGGCUCCACAGGUGAAGAGACAGACUCAGGCCAGGGCAAGAAGAAGUUCCCACUCAAAAUCUUCAAAAAGCCCAAGAAGUAGCUGGACCAGGGCUGGCUUUGGUGGGAAGAAACCUCUACCCUCCCUCUCCUUCAAGGGACCCACCCAUGGCCUGGACUGGGGAAGGUGGGGGUCUUGAGGACCUGGGGUACUAUUAAUACCUGGCUCAUUCUCUCUGUACCCCUCCCUUCCCCCUAUGAAAGAGGGGCCCUUCCACCUUAUUUAUUUACUGACCACCACCUGCCCUGUUUGGACCUCCAUAAGCUCUUCCUGCUCUAGCAUCUUCAUCCCUGCUUCACAGUGCAUGAUUUACCCCUGCAACCACCAUCUCAGCCCAGCCCACUCACCUUUGCAGGAGAUCCUCAGUUCUGGUCUCCCUGUUUAUUGGGCUUUUAGAAGUCUGUCUUGGUCUCCCCCUUUGCUCCUUGUUCUCCCCAUUGCCACCAAGCCCCUAGCAACUAGGGUGAGGGAAAAAGAUGCCUGAUCCAAGGCCCAAGGUUCCACUGACCUCAGCAAUGCUGGAUAGAGCAGGCAGGGCAGGGCAGGGCAGGAAUGAGGCCAGAGCUCUGUGGUUGGGGGGGGCUUUGAUUUUGUUUCUUUUGGGAAAGAGAGCCUGGGGCCAACCCUGGCCCUAGUCUUAGUCUGGCUUUGGGGGCUUGGGGGUGGGGAUGGGUAGGACAGCAAUGAAGUAGACCUAGCCCUAGAGAUCAGGUCUUUGGGGCUAGAUCAGGAGCUAUUUUAGGGGUGGGCAGCCAUGGUGUUCCCCCUCCCAGGGCCAGCACUCUAGGCCACACUCCCCAAUGGCCUAAUGACUGCUUCCUAUUCUGCCUGUUCUGUAGGGUAGGGGAAGAGAGGGUACUCAUAUUCCUCUUCCUCUCCUCCCCUCAACCUCAGAUAUUUAGUCUAGUCCAGGUACCAAGGUUGGAGUCUCAGUGAUCCCUAAGCAUCCUUCUAGUAUUCUUGAUCCCCUUUGUGCUGGGGACCUAGUCUAAGAUAGGGGCUGGCAGGGACUCACAUAUGGGUAUAGCCUGUAACAGGACUAUGGGGGCAGGGGAUAGGGUUGGGAGGGACUCUGGGCAAAGAUGCUGUUGCUUUUGAACCAAAAAAAAUUUUUUUCAAAUUCCUGAAUUUCCAAAGUGCCUGCAGCCAUCCCCUCUUCUCCACUUCUCCAGUGCAUGGUCCUUGGGCUCCCCUAGACUCUCUAGGCUCUGGGCCCAAUCCUACUGUGCAGUCUAAGGUCUGUCUCCCACUCUAACCCCAGCCAGGCCUGGGGGAGGAGGCAGCUUAUAAGAAUAAAGGAAGGGAAUAGAAACACCCUGUGUGUGUCCCACUUCCUACUUCAGGUAGCACCCCCUCCCCCAGCUCUCUGGAGGGGCUGUGAAUAAUAGCUCCCAGUUUUGCCUCUUUCUCUAGAGACCCCCAUCCCAGGGCCAUGGGGGCAGGGCAGCUGGGUGCUGCAGGCCACAGUGGGCUGGCCCCCCUAACCCUCAUCCCUAUCCCAAUGGAUUUUUCUGUUAUUUCAUAAGACAAGUCUAAUAAAGCAUGUAGGAGAUUUUA